AUGGCAAAUAUGUCUAACACAACUACAAGUGUACAGUACAAAGAUUACACAAAAUACGCGGAAUAUAAAGCUGGAAUACUCAUCUGGAAAAUAAUCCCUCCAAUACUGAUAAUUCUUGGAACCGUCGGCAACGGCUUAUCUAUUCUAGUCUUAACGCGGAGAUCUAUUCGUACUUCAACAACAGCUUUAUUUUUGACGGUUUUAGCGUUCUCUGACCUGGUCGUGUUGUACUCUGGACUUUUACGACAGUGGUUAAUUUAUUUGUUUGACAUUGACGUCAGAGAAAUCAGCCAGUUCGGAUGCAAAUUGAACAUCUGGCUUGUAUACAGCUCUUUGGAUUUUUCAGCUUGGAUUCUUGUUGGUGUUACGUUAGAAAGGGUGGUUUCGGCAUGGCUGCCACAUAGUGCCCAAACUCUGUGCAGUAGGAGGAGCGCCGCUGGACUGAUAAUUUCCUUAGGAAUUUUUAUUUUGGCAUUUAACGCUCAUCUGCUGUAUGGUAUGGUAUUCAAAUAUACAUUCGACCACAGCGGGCAUGCAGAGCUACAAAAAUGUGUAGAAGUGAAUAAUAGAUAUAAAGAUUUUUUCAACGUGACAUGGCCUUGGAUAGAUUUAUGUGCAUUUUGUCUCAUUCCUUUGACAGUUAUUGUCAUGGGAAAUUGGUUUAUAGUGUUUAAGUUGAUAAACAGUCAAAGGAGGGUACACUCUAGAGUUGUUCCGUCGUCUGCAGUUAAUGGAAGAGGACCGACGACAACACCGGGUCCAUGCGGGAAACCAUCCUCUGCCACUGCAAUGCUUUUUACCUUAAACAUCGUGUUUUUGUUCAGUACAUUACCAAUCAGUAUAUACAACAUAGGGUAUAUCUACUGGACAGAGGGCGCCAACGAGCGCGAUCAUGCGCAGUUAGAUCUAUGGUGGGCUAUAGUAAAUAUGUUAAUGUAUGUAAACAAUUCAAUUAACUUUUUUCUUUACUGUCUCAGUGGGGCCAAAUUUAGGCGAGAAGCUAUUCGAAUAUUCUGUCCAUGGAAACAAAAUCGAGUCAACGUUAUUGGUGCAAUUCGAUUACCCGCUGAUGAUCUUUAA